CCUGUCAAAUCUGCCAGCAGACUCUGCCUGAUGGUUACUGACUGUCCUACAGACAUUCCUUGUGCCUCUUCCUACCCACUUGGGCAGCUAACCCAGAGCUUCUUGUGAAAGUUCAGAGCUAAAUCUAGCCCUAUCCAAUUGCCAGCAAAAAUGAAGUCACCAGUCCAGGAGGAAACUACCUUAUUUUGUUAAUGCAUUUUAAGCUAAGAAGUCUAUAUAAUCAGAUGGUUUAGGCAAUGUCACUGAUGACACGCAUACAGAGGCAUUAAAAUACCUUUGUAAAAUGCUAAGAAAUAUUAGAAAUUACAAAAUAGUAAUACAUGUUUCAAACAGUACUGAAACAUGCUUAAAAGUCAAUGACAUAUGACAGACUCUGGUCCUCAUUCUGCAUUUACUGAUUAAAUUUUCUGUUUAUUUCCAAGUUACUAUUACUGUUGAAGAGGUUUUAAUAAUAAAGUCCACACUGCAUCUGGUUAAAUAAACAGGAUGGCACAUUUCACUAAUUAAUUGGAGAAAGCUGAAGAAAAGAUUAAGCAAAAGCAAUCAGAGUUUUUGAAAAGUCUUGGUAUAAUCUUCAAAGCACCAUUUAACAUAAACUGUGUUUCUUUUACAACUUGCUCAUUUACUUGUAGCAAAUACAAAAGUAAUGGCUGUCAGUUAAAUUUUUUGGAGUAAUCUGGAAAACAGAGUCAUCAAGUGAAGUCAUGUAUGCUCUGCAUGACUUGUGGAUGCAGUGAAGAGAAUUCUUAAAGCAGAAAAGUAACCUGGCAAAGUGCCUGCUUUAAACUCCUCAGUGAAUGCUUCUUAUUGUUGAAAGAGUUUUUCAGACCCACAAAUUAUAAAGCUAUGGAAUACAUGUUUGUAUAUAAACCACUGUAAUUCUAGACAUCAAACUACAGAUCGACCUAAUGCAUUAAAGAGAAUGUAGGACAUAAGAGCUGAAUGACAGCUAAUUUAUAUGCUGCUUUAUUCCUGAAGACCACUCUUCUCACACAUCGUGUAUUUUAUGCUGAAUUUAGAGGCACAGUUGUGUCCAUUGUGUUCCAUUGGUCUAGCAAAACAAAAUAAUUGGUCCAGGUAUCAGGCCUAUACAGUUUGGGAGAAUCAAAUAGAAUGGAAAUAAAAGACAGACAAAGCUUUUUAUUGCUUGCAAAGAAAACAACAAUAGUAUAUGUACUCUGAAUGACAUAGUUACUGAUAUGGUUUUUUGGACAUGCAUAAGAUAAAUGCUACUGAUAUAGUAGAGGUGUUCUGCAGUGGAGGAUGUGCUCCUGAACAAAUAGCUGAGGAGAAAUAAUGAAAUUCUGUAUGUCUGAAACAAAAGAUAUUCCUGUGUUAUAAUGAGAUUUUAUAUUGGAACAGGAAACAGUUGCUUUUGUGUAUUUAGAAAAAGCUGCCCCACAGAAGUCUUUAACAAUGGGAAGACACUGAGGCAGAGCUCCACUGAGGCUCAAAAACCUGCCUGAAAUGGGACCCCUGGUACCACAUCUGUAAUGUCCCACAUAUAGAAUGAAAAACACCUUGCUAGGUCUUUUUCUAAAAAGUUCCUGUGCUAAAUUCAGCCACAGGAUGGCUUGAAUAAAAAAGCUGGCAACUGACUAGUGUGGAAACUAUAAGUUACAAAUUAAGAAUCCCAAUGAAUGAAUAUAUAGCAUUGAUUUUAUUUUUCAAAGAUAAAAUAAAGCACCCUAAAAAUCCCCCAACAACAGCAGAAAAGAAAAAAAACACCCCCUCCACCCAUCCAGCAGUGUGUUGUCACUAUGAGACCAGCAGUUAAAAUUUAAUUUUUCAAGAGACAGUCUGUUACAGAACUUUGCUUUUAGCAUAGCAUAUUUCAACCUGACUAUUAAGAAAUAACUGUUCCUAUCAGGCUUUAAAUUCACUUCUUUCCACACAGUUCAACCUGUUCCUUGUCAGAAUCCUAUUAUGGUUUUCCAAUAAGGUGUUAAGACAACUACUCUGGCUUACUAUUUAUGGAGCCAGUGACUUGAAAUAUACUGUGAAGAGAAUGUUGUCUUCUCAUGCUGGACAGCUCUAUCUACAUUGCAUGAGCCUUUUUCCGUGGAGGCUUGAUUUCUAAGGUUGCUGUUACAUAGUUCUUUGAGAGGCUGUAAUUCCCAGACAUCCUACAAGACCCUCAGCAUUUAGGCAUGCUCUUCUGAUCCCUUCUACACCUUUUCAUGUUUUGUUUCUAAGACAAACCUGUUCUUGUUGAUUAAAAAAUCCAUUGUCUUGUAUUAUAGUUCAACUCCAAGGAAAUCAGAUUUUUAAAAAAAUAACUAAUAAUACUCCACGUGCAAAUGAAAGAUUUAUAGUAUUCAUGUCUCCUGAUCACUGGAAAUAAGUUUUUUUUUAUGGCAUUGUUGCAUAUGUCUGUCUUUUAAAAUAUUUAAUUGCAAUAAAUUAUCUAUGAGCCUGGAGUUGGGAAAGAUAAAGUUUGUUCUGUUUUGAAAAUAAAAUUAUAUUUGCAGUGUGGCUGAAUAUAAGAUAAUGUGCUUUUUCUUUUCCCUCUUUCAGCGAAGUUUUUGCUUGAGAAAUACACAUCCGCUCAGCAAAACAAAAACCACUUUUAAGGGUUGUUCUUGGUGGAAAUCGCUCUAUGCCCUAUUACCCGCUUGAGUGAAAGCAGACUAAGAACUUCUGUCAUGGCAGCUUUUCUGCUGGGAGCUGUGUUGCUUAUUGUUCAACCUCAGAUAGUGCCUUCCAGACCAGCUAUAAAUUCAAAUGCUGAGACUUCUUCUCAGUCUGUUCAGAGAGAGCUUUUAAAGAAAACGUCUCAGAAAAAUGACUUCAAGGAAAACAUUCAUUCUAAUGGAUCAUGUCAGCAGCUGCCACAGACUAUUAUUAUUGGAGUGAGAAAAGGUGGAACAAGAGCUUUGUUAGAGAUGUUGAGUCUCCAUCCAGAUAUUGCAGCAGCAGAAAAUGAAGUUCACUUCUUUGACUGGGAAGAUCAUUACAGGAAUGGAUUGCAGUGGUAUAUUAAUCAAAUGCCAUUCUCGUAUCCCCAUCAGAUCACCGUGGAAAAAACUCCAGCAUAUUUCACAUCACCUAAAGUGCCUGAAAGAGUUUAUAACAUGAACCAAUCCAUGAGACUACUCCUUAUUUUAAGAGACCCAAGCGAAAGAGUACUAUCAGAUUAUACCCAAGUGUUCUACAACCACAUGCAGAAGCACAAGCCGUACCCAUCCAUUGAGCAAUUCCUGAUAAAAAAUGGUGAACUCAAUGUGGACUACAAGGCAAUAAACAGAAGCUUAUAUUACAUUCACAUGCAGAACUGGCUGAAGUAUUUUCCUCUUGAUCAUAUUCACAUUGUAGAUGGGGAUAAACUAAUCAAAGAUCCCUUUCCAGAAAUAGAAAAGGUGGAGAGAUUUCUGAAGCUAUCACCACAGAUAAAUGCUUCAAACUUUUAUUUCAAUAAAACUAAGGGAUUCUAUUGCCUGAGGGACAGUGGCAGAGAGCGCUGUUUACAUGAGUCCAAAGGACGAGCGCACCCACAAGUAGAUAGCCGGUUACUCGAGAAACUGCAGGAACAUUUCCAUGAACCCAACAAGAAGUUUUUUGAGCUUGUGGGCAGAACAUUUGACUGGCACACAUUUGUGGCAAGUUAGUGGUAAGCUUCAGAACCUAAGUUCCAGUGUACAGUUAGAAGAUUUUAAAAGGGCAUUUAAGCUAUUAUUUAUUUGUAAAAUCCAUAAAUACUUCUGUACAGUAUUAGAUUCACAAUUGCCAUAUAUACUAGUUAUAUUUUUCUACUUGUUAAAUUUGAAAGCAUUUUGUAUUGUUUUUCAUGGUUGUUAACAUUGUGUAUGAUGUGUCUAUAUGAAGAAACUAAAUUAUUUCAUUGCAGAAGGUGCUCUCUUGAGAAUGUGUUGUCUUCUUAAUAAAUAAGAAAUUCAUUUCGACCAAACAUUUCUGAAUUAUUUGAAUACUUUGGCCUUCCUGGACUAUUUUCUCUAAUUGCUAAUGAAUAUGUUAAAUUUUAUCCUUCCAGUUUUCUUAGUUUAAAGCUUGAAUUAAUAAUUUCUUUUCCAUUUGAAAAUACUCUUGCAGUUUACAAAUUGUUCAAUCCUGCUUUAUGAAAUUAUUUCCUGUCAAGUGGUGGUACUUAACACAUGUUGGGAAACACACACCCAAAGGACAAUGGAAGUAUCUGUGUCAUUUGGUAUAUUAACUGCUGUACUUAACAUUCAUAUUCACUGUUAUAACAAGUGCUCCUCAAUUCUUUGGCAGUACAGUGCAGGUUUCCUGGCAGAUUUUUAAAGAUUCUGUGGGGCCCAGCUCAUAAAAUACAGGUAGCUGUAGAAAUAUGGUCAAGCUGAAAAUUUCCAGUCUCUGAGUGUAUGCAUACUUCAUAACGAGGUAUGGUUGCGAGAAUUUAAGCAAUAUAGAGACUUAUUCAAGGCUGCUUUUUACUGUUCCUACAUUUCAUAGCACAUUUACGCUUUACUAUCACUGAAAAUAAACACACCAGAAAAAUUAGUUGGUCUACAUUCCAGUAAGCAGCAACUUCAUUAAUAUAAAUAUUACCACAUUUCUCCGCUACUUAAGGCUGCUUUCUGUGUUUUCAGUUGCUUCAUGCAACUGAAAAUUUCUUAUCGACUACUGUUAGUUUAAUUUCCUUCCAACAACCGUGAUGCCAGGUCUUGAUUUGAUGUGUGUUGUGGGAUUAACCCAAAUUCCAGGAACUUGCCUUGUUUUCCAGCUGCUAAAAAUGGAAGUUAGUACAUUGAUAAAGACGGCAGCUGUCCUUAUCUGCAGUGGUUAUGAUGUUUUGUUAACCAUCAGUUUCUGGAGUUAGAGUUAAUCCAGUUUCCACACAAGGCUUCUUACAGUAGUUUCAAUCCAAGCUACUGAUUUUUAUUUCAUGAUCUUGAGUUUAGUUGUUGAAUGUGCAAUGGCAACACCCAAUAAAUUUGAACUUGUAGCUGAUUGUUACAAUCCUUUAUAAAACUUAAAUGUAGAUUGAUUCAUUUUUUUCUGCUGACCUAGUGCAAACUUGGGCACUAUGACAAGGUAUUGUCUAGAUGCAGAUAUCCCAUAUUAUGCCUCUUGCAUGAAAUUUUGCAGAUGCUGUCCCUCUCUCUCCCACUCCUUGUGCACCUGCCCAAGCUGUAUUCAACCUCAGAGAGGUUGGUGGUGUUUUAUAAAGCCUACAAUGAAAUGGUAUUGUACUCAAUAAAAUAUUUUCUGAAUUGCA